GAGCAGCACCUGCGACGCUAUAAGUACCUCGCCUCCCGUCGCCCUCCAUCCUAACUCAGAUCAGUUUCAAGCAAAAGCAGACAGCAUCCUAUUCCUACCUACGAUCCACAGAAUUUUCCGAGCGCACAAGCCGAAGCAAUCAACACCGACGAUGUCGAUCGUGCGGCGGAGCAACGUGUUCGACCCCUUCGCCGACCUCUGGGCGGACCCCUUCGACGCCUUCCGCUCCAUCGUCCCGGCGAUCUCAGGCGGCAGCAGCAGCGAGACGGCCGCGUUCGCCAGUGCUCGCGUGGACUGGAAGGAGACCCCCGAGGCGCACGUCUUCAAGGCCGACCUCCCCGGCGUGAAGAAGGAGGAGGUCAAGGUGGAGGUGGAGGACGGCAACGUGCUCGUCGUCAGCGGCGAGCGGAGCAGGGAGAAGGAGGACAAGAACGACAAGUGGCACCGCGUGGAGCGCAGCAGCGGCAAGUUCGCGAGGCGCUUCCGGCUGCCGGAGGACGCCAAGGUGGAGGAGGUGAAGGCCGGGCUGGAGAACGGCGUGCUCACCGUCACCGUGCCAAAGGCCCACGUCAAGAAGCCCGAGGUGAAGGCCAUCGAGAUAUCCGGCUGAGCAUUGGAGCCAGUUUGAUUGACGUGUAUGCUACAGUGUGUCUUGUUCUUGCCGAUCGAGUCUGGCGAGACAACUAUGUAUUGUGUUUCUUUUGCCAGUCGUUUAUGUACUUGAGUAAUCACCUACAGAUUUGGUGAUGAAUAAGUGAGAAAUAAACAAAAUUUGACCUUU